AUAUUUUGUUCAGUUUUGAGCUCCUUACUUUAAGAAAGAUACUGACUUAUUGGAAAGGAUUCAAAGGAUGGCUUUCGGAUUAUUUUUGGGAUAAAGGGGUUGUCAUGUGGGGCGAGGUUAAGGUCCUUAAAAUUAUUUUCUCUUAAAAAAAGGAGGGUUAAAGGGAACCUGAUUGAAAUAUUCAAAAUUAUAAAGGAAAUAGAUAAGAUUGGUGCAUCAUCUUUUUUCAUUUUUAUUGGUAAAAGUGUUAGGGCUAGGGGACCAAGACUUAAGGUUUGACAGGGUAAAAGUCAUAUGCAAAUAGAGUAUUUUAUUUUUUGAACAGGCUGGUCAGCCUUUGAAAUAGAUUGAUUUUACACAUGGUCGGUGUAACAGGAUUCUGAGAGUUCAGGAGAGGGCUUCACGAGUAAUUUUGGUGUCAGGGCUGGAUAUAGGCAGAUGGGUAUUUUAUGAAAUGAAUGGGACAGCCAUGGUGAGCCAAGGAACCUGUUGUUGUCCCUCACAUGUUAUGUUAAUAUAUAAUGUGUAUUAACUGGCACUUUGUUACUUCAAUUUUCAUGAAGAAUGAAGUGUAAAAAUAAUCAUUUGAGUUUUAAAAAGCUAGUCUAAAUAAUGUCAAAAGAGUGUGGUACUAAAACAAAUUGGUCAAGUUAUAUGAUUGGUCAUUUGAAGAUAUAUAACAUGAUAUUUGGAUAGUAAGAGAUAGCUUAGUCUAUCAAGUCUAUCCCUUCACACACAUGCUUCAAAAUAUAGAUAGGACAUCACUAGUCAUGCAAGUUUUGUUAGCACUGAUUAACAUAUGUGAUCCUGAAUAGCACUUAUCAACAUACUGAAAACAAGUGACCAUUUUGAAGGCUUUGCUAUAUAGUGGAUUAAGAGACAUCAGAAGUAAAUGUUUCACCAAUCAGUAGUCAGUCACCUUAGAGUAACUUUUUUGUUAUAUCUAAUACAGAUAUAAUACAACAGGAGUAGGAAGAGUUAAUGUUGGGAUUUGCCACUUGGAAUAGUUUGAACCACGUGAAACUAUGGGGAACUUCGAGUUUGUAGACCUAUAGUAAACAACUCAUAGAAGUCAGUUUUCUUCUGUGCAUUACUUCAAAAUGGCAAACUACAAUAUUUGAAGAAAUACAUGGACAGAAGAAAAAAAUACUAGCUUUUCAAUACUUUGAAGAAUAAAUCAAAUCAAUGGUUAGUGUACAUAUUGUGACAGUGAAAAUCUCUAAACUGUAUUCUAAAUUGACAGAGAAACUUGUAUAUUCCCUGCUUUGGACAUUUAGUAGAGGUCAUUGUAUGUGGUUACUUGAAGCUUUAUAAUGCCUGCACCUACAGGACGUAUGUACUCCAACAGUCAAGGAAAUCAUAAUGCUCACCUAUCAAAUGAAGCAUGUGGAAUUAGAGAAGUAUGGAACUAUAAUCUGGAGGAUGAAUUCAAAACUAUCCGCAGGGUGGUUCAGAAGUAUAGCUUUGUGGCUAUGGACACAGAGUUUCCCGGCGUUGUAGCACGACCAAUAGGAGAAUUUCGUAGUACUGCUGAGUACCAGUACCAACUUUUGAAAUGUAAUGUUGACUUGUUAAAGAUAAUACAGCUUGGACUUACAUUCUUGAGUGACCUGGGUGAAACUCCACCAGGUUAUACCACCUGGCAGUUCAACUUUAAAUUCAACCUGACAGAGGAUAUGUAUGCUCAGGACUCCAUUGAUCUCCUUACAAAUUCAGGAAUUCAGUUUAAAAAACAUGAGGAAGAAGGAGUUGAUCCAUAUGAGUUUGCACAGCUGUUAAUGACAUCUGGUGUUGUUCUCUCAGAAAAUGUCAAAUGGUUAUCUUUUCACAGUGGGUAUGACUUUGGCUAUUUGUUGAAGAUGCUCACUGGUCAGAAUCUACCAGAUGAAGAGUCUGAGUUCUUUGAAUUACUGAGGAUUUAUUUCCUGACAAUUUAUGAUGUCAAGUAUCUGAUGAAGAGUUGUAAAAACCUUAAAGGUGGACUCCAAGAGGUUGCAGAGCAGUUAGAGUUGCAGAGGAUUGGACCACAACAUCAAGCUGGUAGUGACAGUCUUUUAACUGGAGCAGCUUUUUUUAAAAUGAGAGAGAUGUUCUUUGAAGACAAUAUUGAUGAUGCCAAGUACUGUGGUCAUUUAUAUGGACUAGGAACAUCAUAUGUGGUAAAUGGAAAUGCCUACGAAGAGGACACUCCUUCCAUCUCCACCUCCACAUCCUGAUACUGAUUAUUGCCUGGUCAGACAUCAAAGUGCAUUCCAUGUUACUUUUAAAUCAGUCUUUCUGACCAUCAUCAUUUUGUUCAAUGUACAGAAACAUUGCUAUAUUUUUAAGUUUUAUCUUAUGUGAAACUUCUAUCCACUUUGGAAAACCUCUCUGAGACUUUAAAUCUGUUAUUUAUUUUCUUAAGUUACUAAAAACAGUGUUUCAUAUAUUUGGCUAGACGUUUUCUACUUCCUUGUCUUAUUGUUUUUCUAAGAUAAAACGUCUAGUGAAUAUUUAGUAAUUUGAGCAGCUAUUACCAGAUUAAAACACUUAUUUUUACCAUAAACAAGCUUCACAAUAUUCAUAUUUAUCUUUUAAGAUUUGAAAUUAAAUUAUUUAAUAAGAUAUAAGAAUAUAGGGAGUGUGACUUCUCUAUUUAAUAUAAAUACAAGUUGUUCAUGAGUGGCUUUUCAACAUUUUUAAAAAGCCAGAUGUUUUGGCAUUGUCAUACAUACAUACACCAAAUUUUGUAAAUGGUGCUGUAGUGGUAAAAAAGUUUGUGCUACAGUGUCAAGUGAAUCCUAAUAGUUUUUUUUUAAUUAUGUAGGCCACAUUUCAGAUAUUUUAUUUGUGUAUGAUUACCAAAAGCCUAUAAUUUAAGUUUAUAUAACCAAUUCAGCCAUAUGAAUGUAUUAUCUGUAAAUUAUACAGCAUUUAAAACAUGUAAAUUUAAUUAUAUAAAAUACUAUAUCUACAAUGUAAGUUUUUUUUUUACAAUUACAUGUACCUAUUUUAAUCACAAACACUCAAAAAUAAAAAGUACAGAAAUGGCACUCCAGUUUGCUUCAGCAUCAGUAUACCACUGUUCACAUAAAUAUCAUCAUGGUGUGGUCUUUUCUUUCUCACUAGUAUUUAUAAUUUGCUCAUACAUUAGUAAAUGUAAAAUUGACACAGUAAGUUUUUAACUGAUGUCUCAGCUAGUAGAAAAAUGUUUAAUGUAAUUAUAAGAGGUUAUUCUGGUAUGAUGACUCAUCUCUUUAUACAGAAAGCUAUUUUCAUUAUGAAAUUGCUCUAAUCUGUCUGAGAGGCUUGCCUGCUACCAGACAUGUGAAAACUCCCACCUAAAAUUCAUGUGAAAUGUGAAUUUGUGCUACUGCAUGAUGACAUAUCAUGUAGCAAAAUCCUCCACUAAUAGGAAUGUGACACAUCUUUUUUUACAAGUACUCCCUCUACAUGCAAAAAAUCCUCAUUCUUUUACUUAGCACAGUCAUGUUAAGACGUGUUUCUCAUUACAGAGACUUGUCAAAGUUUUUCACAUCAACAAAUUUUCUUUGUUGUCUUCAACUUAUAUACAUUAUAAAUUCACAGUUUAACAUGAAUUCUUUUUUCUAAUGAUGUAAAUGAAAAUAAUGCACACAAUGACCAAUUUCCAAACAAUUCAGGAAGUACUUUGUCUGUGGAAGAUGUAAAAGCCAUCAUCCAGCAUGUGGUGGGGUCCAUGUUACCAUCAGGAAUCUUUUUUAUUUCUGUCACACAAAUCCCUUCCCAGGAUUUUGAGACUGAAGUUGAGAAGGAUGAAAUGGAGUGACUUUUUCUAUCUCAUAGCUGUACCUUGUGUACCUCCAUGCCUUCAGAAGAACAAGUUUAGACCUCUUCAGGCUUCCAAGAACUUAUCAACCAGGUAAGUACCAUUCUUUCACAUCCCCCCAUUACUUAUAUUAUGCCUCUAUCCUUACCUCUCUUACACAACCCUUCACUACAUGAUUUCUUCACAUUUCAAGAACAACUUCAUUCUUCUAUAUCAUGCAAUGUCCUCCAUGUUUGAUAGAUUCCUUCCUAUUUUCUUACAGUCACUCUCCUUUCCUGAACACCCAGUCCUUGGAGUCUCUUUUGCCAGUCUGGAGGGUGGACUCUUUAGUGCCUGUUUUCCUAUCCAGUGACAAAUUUACCUUUUGUGUUUUCCUUACUACUCUCCUUUGUUACCUCUCUUCUAUUCACUGUUUCCCUGAUGAAUUUACAGGAGACACUUGAUCCCCCAUUUUCUCUUCUCUUACAGACUCAACCUCCUGUACCCUUUCUCUUUUCACAUGGUUCUUAUGCUGUAGGAAUCUCUUGGGUAGAGAUUCCCUUCUUUCCCAUGUCUGUUUACCCUCCUUCUUCCUAUGUGACCUUCGUUUUGCCCCCUUUCUCAAUCAGAAGGUCUUUGAUGGAGUAUCUGAUUCUCUGGAAUCUCGAGCUGAAGCUGCCUGCAAACAAUCUUCCUUUUCAUCUUUAUUCUUGCAUUUGUCCCAAUCUCAUUCUUCCACUUCUGUCUUUUGACCUCACCCACCUUCUCAUUCAUGUUCUGUUCCAGUAUCCCAGCCUUCCACCUCCUCCUAUUAUCCUUCCACCCAUUAUCCUAUCUGUUAGUGACCAUCUAAUCAGUUCAGGCUCUGUGAGAGCCUGCCUGUAUCAAUUCGCUCACUUGUAUUCUCAUUUAGCUGCAGACAAAUGAAUCAUUCAAGUCCUGAACCAUAGUCUUGCCCUCCACUUUUCCUCCCUACCAUCCUCUUCAUUCCUAACCCCUCAUCUUUCAUGACUCCUCAGAUCCAGCCUAUCUCCAACAUCUGGAUGGUACAGUCUAACCUUUUGGAAAAGCAAGUUAUAGAAAGAAUUCAAGACUGUACUCCAGGUUAUUAUUCUAACCUUUUCAUUGUCCCCAAAAAGGCUGGGAAUCUAAAACUUUGGCUGCUAGGGAAGGUGGCUCCACAUUUUCUCCUAUUUUCCAUCCCUCUAUCUCUCAUACCUAUGAUGUUCUGACUCCUUUGUCCUGUCCAGGCCAUUCAUUGUUAUCUCUCCCAUACCCCUUCCUUUAAUGGUUUCCGACAGCAUCUUUUCAUUCCUUUGGACUCUUCCUCCAACAGAGACCUUUCUCUCUCUACCCUUAACAGAUGGAUCUGCUAACUCAUCCUAAUUAUUAACUCUUCCUUGGGGGUGUUUGUUGAUAAUUAUUUUGAGUCUCCUCUUACUAGAUUUGUCACCUGACACAUUCUCUGGCAGCUCACUAUCAUUGACCACUGGAGUAGAUUCUUCAGGCUGGCUUGUGGACAACCCUACACACAUUUCUCACCCAAUAUGUUUACCAUCUGGCUGUCUUAUUUUCAGACACAUACAGACUUCUACCAAUUGCCAUUCUUCAGUCAACCCUAAACCUUUAACAAGCUAAUGUGUUUGUUUACUUAUUCCUUCCUUAUCUUUCUUCUAAUUUUGUAUACCACUAGGUGGCUAGUGUUACUUCCUAAGAUAUAUUUAACCAAAAUCUGCAUCAAAACGUUUUCAUACCAUCCACUCUGGCUGGAUCAGUGCCCUCUCUGAGAUGGGAUGUUCUGCAAGACCACUGGAGUUUCACUCGUGGGUGAUACUAUAUAAUAUUCUAGUUUGAUCCAGACUGUACCCAUUCCAAGAACUAUUGUGGGAAAAGCCAGCACUAGAAUAGUGCAUCUGCCCACUUCGCUGGGUAGCACUUGCUGUCUUUUAAAAAGAGGUUUACCUAUUGCACUGUCUCCAGGAAAAGACCUUUCCUCAGGCACCCAAUGGGGAUCUGAGCACAUUCUCCAGGCCUCCUCUACUCGAAUUCUUCCCCCUUUCAAGAGCAGAGGAGACCCUUACCACUUACCAGAUCCCAACUACUAAGAUGGUGGACCAUGGAGAAUCCUCAACACCAGGAGCUAGAACUUCUCUGUGGUGAGAAGUAGGGCAGAGGUGUUUCUGGAGUGUAGUGCAGAUCACCCCACUUCAUAUUGAUACAUCAAAAUCUCCAAGUGGAACUUGGACACAUCACUAUCACAAUCUCAUAUAUAUCUCUAUUUUUAAUUUUUCCUACUCCUGCAAUGGCAUGAACCUUUUUGUAUCUGAUGGAAAAGUAGAUGGUAUUAUUUAAUAUCCGUUUGUGUUGUAUCACUCACACAACCUACUCUAGUAGCAGGCAAAAGGCCUAUAGAUUCUGAUGGUAAAGUAGUGGUUAUAUUAGUAUCCAUACUAAUUAUGUCCAAUAUGGUGUCUUCCUCCCAUGAAUGGCACAGGGCCUGUACUGUCUGAUGGUAGAGGUGCUAAACAUGGCUACUUAUAACAAGUGACUAUACUCACACAGCUGGUUUUGACCUGUAGAGACUGAUGGUUGAGGAGUUGUGCACACAAGAUGCAGUCUAAUUGACUCCCACUUUACUACACAUAUUGGCUGUUCAACGACUUCUGUGUGAGUACUUGGAUGCCCAUCCAUGAUUCAGGGCUCUCACCUCUUCUAUUCAUAAUCACAGGCAAAAAGUAUAACCUAAGUGAGAUGAGAUGCGGUCUUCCCCAAAUGUUCCCCUGCGGAGCCCCUGCCAUAGUGUGCCACAUCCCAUGGACUUUUUUUGGAUUCUUGCUGAAGGGAGCUCAUCUAAAUAAAUCUCACACUCAUCCAUCCAUUAUCUCAAGCUUUCUGUGUACAGAGGUGAGUGAUUGUAUCGGAAGUUAACAUUUUCCUUAAUUAAGAAUGUGUUUACGAUACAUACUCAUCGCCUUACAUGUUUCCCACCUUUAUUAGUUGCCUCAUCAAAGAAUGAAGAUUUUUCAUACAUGAAUGUAGAGGGACAAUUUGCACAUGAGGUGUGUUGCACUCCUAUUGGUGGAGGGUUUUACUACAUGAUAUUUCCUCAUGCAGUAGCACAUAUUCACACAUUUCAUGUGAAUUAUAUAUGGGAGGUUUCACAAGGCUGGUGGCAUGCAAGUCUUUCAGGCAGAUUAGUGCAACUUCAAGAGAAAAAUAGCUUUCUGUGUAUGGAGGUGAGUAUCAACUAAAAAUGCAUUUUUAAUUAUGGAAAAUAUUAACUUAGAAGACGACAGGUGUUUAAUGAAAGUAAAAUGUUCCAGAUACUUUUAGUAUAUUUCUCUAUGACUGUGCUAUUCUCUGUAUUUACUUAUCAUAAAAUUAGUUGGGGUACUCUUCAAAAUUGUAUGUGAAUAAUUGGGGAGAUUCUCACAUACAUUGUUUUAUAUGUGUAUGCAGUAAUUUUUAUGGAUUUGACAACUUGCUUUCAUUUAAAUACAUGUACUUUAGAGCCAUUGAAAUACAAUAGCUUUAUCUAUUUUCUAACAUCAUUAAGAACUAUUCUUUAUAAUAAAAAAAAGUAUUUCAAUGUUAAAGAAUUCUUGUUAGUUGAUUGAAAUUUAGAAAUUUGUAACAUAUUUUUGAACUGAAUAAGUGAUAAUUACACUUUAAAAUGUUGAUGUGCUAUACAUUCAAUGUUUUUUUUGUCCCUUCACAUUUGAAAUGACGAUCUAGAGUUUUAAUUUUGUAAGAUAAAUGCAUUUUAAAGUAUGUUAAUAGAAAAACUUAUUAUUUUUCUGAUUCAGCCAUAGUUAAUAUUUUUUGAUGAAAUGAACACAAGACCAAUAACCUUUUAACACUUUUAAGAUUAACAAAGGUAAUGCAGCUAAUGAUAGUUUAUGUGUUACUGAAGAUAUAUUUUUAUUGACUUAAGAAAAUAUUUUGUCAUGAAAAAGCUCUCUUUACUGAAUUUUUGUCCACAUAAGAUCAAAGAGUGAAAUCAUCUAAAACAUGUUCAAAAAUUAAUGUAUGCAAUAAUGUUCUGUAACUAUCUGGUCAAAGUAAAUUUACCUGGCUGUUGCACGUAUAAGUGUUUUGGUUACAGAAAUAAUACAAGUGUAGUGAGUCCCAAUCUGUUUGACUCUUGAAUAUAAACCAAAUCAUACAUCCAAAAAUAGCAUAUACAAAUCAUUGUGGCUUUUGAUUAAAGCAGGACAUAUGAGAAGUAAGGAAUCCACAUUUUUUUUGCUUCUGUAAAAACUAAAACAUACAACAGAACUAACAAAAAUCUGCUGAUUUCCAAUUAAAGUAGGUCACACAUAAAAGAUAAGUAAUGUUAAACUAAAACACAUGUCCAAAGUAACAGACAAACUUAUUUUACUCCUGGUCUAAGACACGCAUUAUAAGUAACAAAUUCGUUGUUUUUUGUGUGUUUUUUUUUGGUUAAAACAGGGCACAUACUAGAAGUAAAAAAAAUGUAAUUAAACUAGAACAUUCAACAAAAGUAAUAAAUCUAAAUGUGUGUAUCUCCAGGUUAAACCAGGUCAUGUAUAAAAAUUAACAAAUUUAAAUCAGUUUAAUUACAUACUACAGAGAUUGAGUCUGUUGUAUUAAAGUGAUUUUGAGAAGGGCUGGUAAUUACCUUUCCCAAAAACGAUUAGUUUUAGGUGACAUCACACUAUCUAUAAAAUGACAGAAACUUUCAGAAUUUAAACGAGCUAUGAUUGUCACCUGAUGUACUGAUUUGCUUAUUCUAAAUUUAUGCUAAGUUGUUUUAAUACAAUGUACUCAACUCUCUAUACUGGUUGUUUUAGAACAAAUUCAAAAUUGUUUGACUUCCAGUUGGAUUUUAAAUUGUGACUUUUAUAUAGUGGAGCCAAUUCCUUAAUAACAAUGACUGAAGUUGCACAUUUUGUUUUUUUGCAAUUAGUUUACAUAAAGGUAGAGAUAAGUUAGUCUUAACAUGUUUAAUUUAUUGUGUAAGAUCUUUAGGUCAAGAUUUUCACUGACUUUAGUAACAUUAACUUGUACAAACUUGGCAUUACAGAAAGGAUAAUGCAACUUAUUGUUGAGGUACUCAAGAAAAAAGAAUUGUGAAUUACUCAGUAAACUUAAAAUGUUUUGU